GUAGUUGAAUCGAAAUGCAAGUGCAAAGCGAAUGAAAAUCGCUGGUAGCCUAAAUCACAUGUAUGUAUGUUUGUAUGCAUGCAUAAACGAGAAGCAAAAGUUUGUAAGCAAAGACAAGCGUUGAGAUUAGAAUUGUUGGCUAACGCAAUUUGACGAACAGCAAACCGAUUAAAUUCAGUAAAAAAUUGAUAAAUUGCCGUAAGCUCCCACGAACACACACACACAUAUCGAUUUGCUUGCACGACAAAGCAACCGGGCGCACCGUUUGACAACUCUCAGUGUCGUUUAUGCGUCAAUUUGACACUUCCAAAACCCUACACUCGCCACAUCGGCGAAUUUACUGUGCUGUGUCGUGCCCACCGCUGUUGCUUGUGUACCAAAGUAUAUAUUUGUGAAAAUUAUAGCAAAUAGCAAUCGUGAAUGUGAAAUGUUAGAGCUUUGCGUCGUCACGUGCGAUAGUCGAUAGUGAAUUUGUUGCUAGUAAGUUUUGCAAUAGCAUCAAAAGCGACUCGUUGUUCGUUUGGUGAAUUUUCGCUUCGUUCGAGCCGGUCGGUCGGGCUCAUGACACCUCAAGCCAAGGCGGAUGUUAAUGCGCGUUUGUGUCGCGCCGUGCAACAACAUCGGUGUAUUUACGAUCGUUCCGAUGAGAAUUACGAGAGGCGCGAUGCUUACGAUCUCGCCUGGAACGAAAUAGCCAAAACAUGUGACGAAUCAGUAAUAUCCUGCAAGCUACGCUGGCGUAAUAUACGAACCGCUUUUAUACGAUCCGUGGUGGGAUUGCCGAAAAAACGUAAGGGCCAUCGUACCAAGGAAUACUACCUGCAAGAUGUGUUGGAAUUUUUCAAACCACACAUUUUUAUUGGUUCGGAGGUACGGCGAUUUCACGAUCCCAGCGAUGAUGAAACGGAGAGCGUAAGUACGAGGCGAUCAACUAUUAGUGGCAACAACACCAAAGCAAAUGGUAUAAAAACUGAAGUGAGUAGUGAAAUUGAAAUUGAAGACAACGAAGAGGAGGUUGUGACGCAAAAGCAAGAAUUGAAGAGCAAAGUGAAAAAUAAGAGCCAUGCAGAAGAGACAACUGGGGGGAAGAACAACGAAGUUAUGAAGAGAAAUGAAGAGAAGGGAGACGAUGAUAUUAAAUCAAAUAAAAGACCACCGUCCGCAAGACGAGAAGCUUUGAAGAAACAUAACGAAAGCAUAAAAAAUGAGGAGCAUAAGGCUGACGCAACUAAGUCCAAUAGAAAAUCUCAGCCGGCGAAGAGUAAAGCUGGGGAGAAAAUUGAGAUCGUUGAGAAGAAUGCGCCAAAGGCGGAUCAAACGAAGCUAAAUAAGAAGACGCGGUUGACGAAUAAUAAAGUUGGCACGUUUUAUAUAAGUCCAACGAAUAGUGAUACAGGCACCUUUUUUAUAAGGAAAAAUGACUGUAAUAGUAAUGCGGAAAAUGCUUCAAAAAGUAAAAAGGUCAUCGUUAGUAAAGAAGUUAACAGAACAGAUACAAUUAACUUUAAAGUUGAGUCCACAGAGAAAAGACAAAUUGAGAAUACUGAAGAACUCGACGAAGCAGAGGAAUUAGUUACGAACGAGCAGAACGAACAUCGGUUCCGUUUCAAGCGCGCUUGUAAGCGUAAUUUAGAUAAGACAAUGAUCAGUCAGCUGCGACUGCGUCAAAGGGAACCGGAAGUGAAACGAUCUAGACGCAGUGUAGAACGACGCAAAUCGCUAGCCAAGGCAACCCUUCAGCUAGCAGAGUCCAUUGAGUGGCCAAAGAAAGAAACGAAACUAAUCCAAGUACAACCAAAACCCACACCAAGCCUGCAGACUUCGCAAGUUGACAUGCCCGAGAUUAUUAUGGAAUCACCGCCGACUAAUGCGGCUGCCAACAGUAAAUCUGAAAUAUCGACAACGCUCACAGAUUCACUGGUAUCAGUUGGAUCGACAGACAAUUCUGUAAUGGGCGCAAUCACAUGUGAGCCGGAUAAUGCUGAGUCAAGCAUAGAUCAAGGCGUACAAUGCAAUCUGCAGCCAGUUUCCACCGAUGAUGAUUUCCUCAGCACCCUCAAGCCCUACUUGAAGGACAUGAAUGCACGCCAAAAAUUGCACUUCAAGAAGAAGAUAUUCGAGUCACUGAUGGAAGUGUUCGAUAGCGCCGUUGAUUUUCCUGGUCUGAAUAAGUCACAUGGAGCAGCAGCGCCAUCAGCCAUCAUACCACCACAAUUGACCUCGGUAAGCGGUGAAGAGUUAAAUUUGGUACGUGAAUUGGUCGCAGUAGUACAGGCAGCCAAACAUACGCCAGAGCUCAGUGUAAACACAAGCAACAGUAGCGAGAAGACGACCGAGAUGAUUGAGGAAGAGCGACCGUUGGUUUCGCCAGCAUUGCCGCUACCACCACCGCCGCUGACGUUACGUACUGUGCCUACAACACACAGCGCUGUACUGAAUACCUCAGCAAAGAGUCUGAAGUUGGCAAAAACUUUGAAAGCAAGUAAUAUUGCAACGUCGCAUGCUUUCACUCCACCUCUAUCUGUCAUCACGCCAACAUUAGCGGCUCCUACCACACUUGCUGCAGUCAGAACGGCGGGGGCUCCCCCGCUGGUACAACGUCGCAUCAUACGCAAAUUGGUUAAGGUGAAUGAUCAACAGGGCUCUUCCGGCAUUGCCACUUCUAGUACAGCUAAUACACAGAUCAAAAAUGAUAGCCCACGCCAGCGUACUAUUUAUCAAAUAUUCCCAAAGAACGUCACGUCAAAUGCAAGCUUUAAGCAUACAAUUAGCUCGAGCGGUGUCAGCACCUUUACUGUACCGCGUACAAUGAACACCGCAACCAAUAACGGUCCGCCACGCAAUAAGGUUGUGACCAUCGCUGCAACACCACCGAUCACUGGUGCACCGUCAACAACUCAAAACUUUCGACCAUUUGUGGUACCCGCAAUGAAUACUAUGGAGUCCUGGACCCCAGCGUCUAUUGCCAGCUCGCUAAAUACAACCAACACCACCAAUCGUGUUCCCGAUGCCACCGGCGUUAGGCCAAUUAUGCGUCGCUUUUCGCUUUGUGGCGAUGUGCCUUUGAGGUCUUUAGAGCGCCACAGCUCUACGAAAGUAUUGACCACCACUGCCACUGUUAAUCUUGUGCCCUCCGCGCUAAAAUCUGCCACAACUGCUGCUCGUGGCUGGUCUAUGUCGAACGUUAAUGCCGUGGACCCUUUAAAACUACCCACGUCAUUGCGCACCACCUGCACAAACGUCACUGCCGCAACGAAUACGACUUCUUCAAGAACUAUGCCCGUCCUCAGCGUCGCUUCUGCUGAUCGUAAUGCGCCGGCCUCUAGUAAUUUCUGGCCGCCAGCAGGACUUCAAGAAACUGCACUGCCCUUCAAGCAAACUGUCUGCAAUAACUCUAGUACGCCAUGCGUAUCCUCAGCCUUUUCAAAUUUCAGCACCAUUUCACCUAUUUCUACAAUUUCGCGUGUUUGCCCUGAUGCGGAAAAAAGGAUCACCAACGAAUCGGGUGGUGUAGACAUGGCGGGUAUCAUAGCUUCGGAUAGCUUUGCUUUUUUGAAUAUCAAAUCUGAGCCAAUCGACGAUUCCUACUGAAUACUGAAUUCAAGUAAAAUAAGAUUUAAUGCUGCCGGCUAGAAUGCUUAGUUUGUGCAUUUUUUGUGCCUCUUUGUACUUAUGCUUGAUUUUAUAUCUUUAACUUCAAUUAUUCAGUCUUAAA